CUUCCCCCCUCUCCACCACAGACAUAUAAAACUGUACAGGUGUCUAGAUACAUAUUUCCCUCAGAGACAGUAAAGGAUAUCAGAGGAGAAGGCUGGCUGACAAUUUAACAUCACAUUACAGCUGGAAAAGUGUCUCCAUGUCGUCACCGUGCCUCAGCAGCGUCCUGACUCAUGCCAACCUGACUGUGUACCAGACCAGCCGUCCUGAAGUCCAGCCUGAUCUGCUGCCCGGCAUGAACGGCUUACGGAGCAACUACCAAACUUACAACGUGAACGGUCUGCUGUACAGGUCGGGUUCUCAGGUCUUCAGGCAGAUCAGCCCUCACAGCUGGACAGCAGACGAUGUCCUGGAGUGGAUUAGUGACCACGUAGAGAGCACCAAGUUUGAUGCCAGCACCCUCAGUCUGGAAUUCUGUUCCAUGGAUGGUCCUUCCCUGUGCCAAAUGAACCAGGAGGAGAUGACAGGAAUCUUUGGCCCACAGCUUGGUCCACAGCUUCACCAGAACCUGCAGGAAUAUAAGACCAAAUAUGAGCUGCAGAGCCUAUCAGGACCAGAACUGAAUGAGACCUGUCAGCUCCUGGACAACUUCUUGGACACCUUCAGCUUUCCUUUGCUCAGCACCAUUAGAAUUGGUCAAGCUGAUGGAGCUUUUGGAAAAAAGGAGUUUGAAUACCAUGACGACAUUUACCUUAAUGGUCUGACAAUGGAACCAGUAACCCCCCUAGAAGACACAGAGUAUCUCUCUGAUAACCAGUCUGAGUUUGAGUAUGGUGGCAUGCUUGGCUUUGUAAGCUCUCCAGAGUCUGGCAGCAGCGAAUCAGAACCAGAGUUCCCAUACCCUCCAUUCUUAAAAGUGCAUGUCAAAACAGAAGAAUCGGAAUCUCGAGUGAAGCGACCAAGGGGACGACCUCCUAAAGUCAGCAGAGACCACGGCAGCAGCAUUUAUGACAGUUCAAAGAAAAACAAACAUGCACCUCGUGGUACUCACUUGUGGGAGUUCAUCAGGGAUAUUCUGAUCCACCCAGAGAAGAACCAAGGCCUGAUGAAAUGGGAGGACCGACAGGAAGGUGUGUUCAAGUUCCUCAAGUCUGAGGCUGUGGCUCAGAUGUGGGGCCAGAAGAAGAAAAACAGCAGCAUGACAUAUGAGAAGCUCAGCCGAGCCAUGAGGUAUUACUAUAAGAGGGAGAUUCUGGAACGAGUUGAUGGCCGGAGGCUUGUGUACAAAUUUGGGAAAAAUUCCAGUGGUUGGAAGAUUGAAGAGGCAGAAACCAGGAAGUUGAUCUAAGCAGCUGUUCAAUAGUUUGAAAAAUCUGUGGCGGAAAGUUUCGUUACUAUCACGACAGUUUAAGACACAAACUUCCUCUAAGAGGGAAGGUGUUGCAGAAAAUGUAAGCCAGUGUGUUUGGCUCUAGUAGGUUUUAUGAACCAAUUUUAAUGUUUUCCUUGUGUCAUGUUUUUGAAUAUACAUUUUUAUUAAUGAAGGACUAACUUUACUGACAGUAUUUAUGGUUUAUGGGAUUUAAAUAUUCUGCAUAUACUAUGAUCUUUUUUAUUUCCUGUGUGUGUUUUACAUCUUUGUCACUGGAUGUUGCAUGAACUGAAAUGAGUUUUGGUUUAACUUUUUAUAAAGUGUGUUCACAAAGACUAGUCAAGUUAACUUUACUAGAUAACUUACACAUGAUUGUGAAUUUGUUUAGAUGAAUCAGAAUCAGACACAAUAAUACUUUAUUUGUGGGAAUUUAUUUUAAUUCACUGGUUACUGGUCAUCAAUAAGCAGAGCUAUGACUUUCUGUAUGCAGACAAAGAAGCUUAUGCCUACACAAACGUACUCUGCUCACUUUGUUAUGUUGAUGGUGUGAAUUAUUCAUUAUUCUCCAUGAUUAAACCGUUUUCAACAUUCUCUUUAGAGUGAUAAAAGUAAAUAUGUGUAAAUCAGUUGAUUUCAUGUUGUUUGAAAAGACUAAAUAAAUCACAUAUUUCUAAAUUGA